AUGCGACCCAAGACACAACGCGCUUACCGGCGCACCAUGCAUUCCUAUUCAUUAGGGUUUGGAUUUCGCCCACCCUAUCAAUUGCUCGUCGAUGCUGAUUUCUGUCUCGAAGCGAGCAAGCAAAAAAUCGAUAUGGCGACCGAACUUGAAAACACAUUCCAGGAACCUACAAAGACUUUUAUUACCGAAUGCAGCAUCCAAGAACUUAGAAAGCAACAAGGACCAGCAGCAGCAGGUGCAAACGGCCUGGCAAGGAAGUUUGAACGUCGUCGAUGCCCACACACCCAUCAACCUAUUGCAAGUGCUGAUUGUGUUGCUCAAGUCAUCGGCCCUGAGAACAAGUACAACUAUUGUGUGGGAUCGCAAAACAUUGAGCUUCGAAACAAGCUACGAGAGAUACCUGGUAUCCCGAUGUUUUAUGUCAAAUCACAUAUGAUUAUCAUGGAGAUGAUGUCCAAAAAGUCAAAGGAGGCAAUCAAAAAGCUCGAAGAGGAGAAGAUGUUACCGUCUGCCAAGGAAAAUGAAAAGCUCAAGUCUGCAAAGAUGAUCGCAUCAACAAAGGAAGAGGAACCCAAAAAGAAAAAGAAGACCAAAGGAGUCAAUCCAUUAGCCUGCAAGAAAUCCACAAAGAUACCACCCCCGCCACCCAAGAAAAGGAAACGUGAAUUGGGAGAGAAAGAAAAGAAAAAGAAGGCUAAAAAGGAAGAGGAGGAGGAGAAGCAGCAGCCAUCUGUGGAUGAACCAACGCCUGAAAAACAAGAGGAUGUGGGUGCUGAUGAUGCUGAGGAAAAGAAGAAAAAGAGACGGAGAAGGAAAAAGACAAAGAAGACUGAUGAUGCAGAACAAGUGCCACCAUCAUCCAAUACAGAGGAACAUAGUAGUAAUAAUAAUAAUAACGAUGUUGAAGAACAAUAA